CCAAGGAAGAUGAUGAAUUCGUCUGCAGGGAUGUUGGUUGUGGAGAAGGCUCGGAGGGGUUGCUUCGACUGUUGCCGACAUGGGCGACCUGCUUGACUUACGCUAUGGUAUUUGGCCAGUCGUCAACGCUCUUCACCAAGCAAGGCAGCACCUUGGACAGGAGGAUAGGCUUCAUAUACUUGAACCUUGAAGUGCCGCCGGCAGCCCUGCAAGUCUUCAUCAGCGUCUCCAUCGUGGGCUUCAUCCCGGUCUACGAUAGGAUUCUCGUGCCGGUAGCGAGGAAGUUUACGAAGCUCCCUUCCGGCAUCACCACGCUCCAGAGGAUCGGUGCCGGAUUGGUCCUCUCGCUCGCCUCCAUGGUGGCAGCAGCUCUGGUUGAGAUGAAACGACUCCGAACGGCAAGGGAGUUCGGACUCGUGAACCAGCCCGAGGCCGUGAUCCCCAUGAGUUUUUGGUGGCUGGCGCCGCAGUACGUCCUCUCUGGGGUCGCAGAUGUUUUCGCCAUGGUUGGCUUGCAGGAAUUCUGCUACGACCAAGUCCCUGAUGCAUUGAGGAGUCUGGGGCUGGCGCUCUACCUGAGCAUCUUUGGCAUCGGCAGCUUCAUCAGCGGAUUCCUGGUGUCCGUCAUCGACAAAGCCAGCAGAAAGAAAACGGGGGAGAGCUGGUUCUCAGACAAUCUAAACCGUGCCCAUCUCGAUUACUUCUAUUGGUUACUUGCAGGUCUCAGUACUUUGGGGUUGCUUCUGUACCUUCACUUUGCACAAGCUUAUGUGUACAAGAAAAAGGGACGCAAUGCAUCUAUGUAAUGUCGAUUCAAUGUAAUCUAAGCAAUUUAUCAAAAAGAAAAAAAAAAUCUAAUAAUGGGAUUUUAUCA